AUGGAAAAGACACCAGAUCAAAUUACAUCUCCUCUUAUCUACGAAUAUCAUGAUCCUGAAAAAUAAUAAAAUGCAGCCGGUUAAAAUCUAGGUCAGAGACCCGAUUAUGUACCAAAUGUGGACACAAUACCAAAACCUUUAGCAGUUUAAAUGAUAACUAAAGCUGUUCUUAAAAUGAUUAACGAAGCUGGUUCAAAAUACGAGGGUGGACAUAAUGCUAAAGGACUAAGACACGGCCAAGGUAAGUGCACCUACAGAGACGGAUCAUUCUACGAAGGCAUUUGGGUUGAAGAUAAGAGAGAAGGACAGGGAAAAUUCAAAGAUAUAGAUGGAGUAUAGUACGAGGGAUCCUGGCUUAAUGAUCUAAGACAUGGUCUAGGGACUACCUAGUUGGUUGGUUCAACCCAGUCUCUUACCUGCCCUUAUUAUAUGGAUAAGAAGCAUGGUUAUGGCUAUAGAACGAAUGGAAAAAAUAAAACUGAAUGCAUAUUCUAUUACGAUACUGAAGUUGUAACUGAAGAUCAAAACCCAGACUAUUUCCUAUGGGCCCCAGCAAACCUUUUAAUGUUGAUAAUUGCUGUUUUCUUUGCCUUCAUGGCUGAAUGGUGCUAUGAAUCUGGAUUCCUUUACAUCUUUGCUGCUAUUUUUUAUGUUGGUGCAAUUGCUGAAUCUUUCUUGAACACUGAAAAAUAUUUCAAGAAUCAAAUCAGUGCAGCCUAAAUCGACUCUUACAUAAAUUCUAGCAGAGAUAAGGCCCCAGAGUUGACAAUGCACGUUCAAAACUAUCACCUUAAUAAUAAGGGGAAAAGAGUCUGUUCAGACGAAUUUUCAGAGAAAUUGGCCUAUUCUGAAUACCUUGAUUUAUCACCUUUACCAGAAACUAUUGGAUAUAUUAAGCAAGUUGGCAUGUCCAGAUUAGACUUUAACAUUGAUCUUGAAUUCUCAGUCCCAGCUACUCAAUCAAAGGAAUGGCAAGAAUAGGAUUUCAAGCUUAGAAACAAUAAGGAUACUCAUUAAGAAUAUACUUUGAAGAAAAACUUUGAAAACUAUAAGGAAGGUGCUGUUGUUUAUAACGGAGAUGCACCACUUUAUGCCAACCGUCUUGUCCACUUUGUCUUUUCUAUUUUCACAUUCUCAUGGCUCAUCAGAGUUAUCUUUGUAUUCAGAUCUCAAAAAGUUAAGUACAAUUUCAAAAAAUACAUUGCGAAAUGA